CUUUUAAGUUCUCGUAAACAACUUUCACUUUUAAAUAAAUCUCAACAUCAAUUGAUUUCUCUAAGAAGCUAGUCCUAAAAUAUUGGUAGACGUCUUUACCCAAUAUCUUAUCAUUGCAUUAAAUUAUCGCGUUAGAAUAGACCUAGGCAUCAUAUCAAUAUGUCGGAGCCCGUCCCACUUUGGCUAGACUGCGAUCCAGGUCACGAUGACGCCUUCGCAAUCCUCCUAGCAGCCCACCACCCCGGCAUCAAGCUGCUCGGGAUAAGCACCGUCCACGGCAACGCCUCCCUCGACAAAACAACGCGCAACGCGCUCUCCGUGCUCGCCGCAAUCGGCAAACACGACUCUAUCGCCGUGUACCCCGGCGCCGCGCGCGGACUCGUCCGCCCCGCCGUCCACGCCACCGAAAUCCACGGGGCCUCCGGGCUCGACGGCACAACGCUGCUCCCCCCUCCUCCGCCGGACCGGCUCGCGACAUGUACUUCCCCCACGCACCCCAGCGCGAUCACCGCCAUGGCUUCCGCGCUGCGCGACGCCGCGCCUGGGACAGUGUGGAUCGCGGCGACUGGGGCGCUGACGAAUGUCGCGGCUCUGUUCGCCGAGAACCCGGAUUUAGUCGCGAAAGUAAAGGGGUUGACGGUGAUGGGGGGCAGUGUGGGAGACGGGUUCACGGACGCGGUGAUGGGCGUUGUGGAUGGGAAGCCGCGGAUCGGGAAUUACACCCAGUGGGCGGAGUUCAAUGUCCUAAUUGACCCCGAGGCGGCGGCAGCGGUUUUCCAUAACCCCGUGUUGGCGGCGAAGACGACGCUGAUUCCCCUGGAUUUAACGCAUUUGGUUCUUGCUACGAAGGAGGUGCAGGAGUUGUUGCUGUAUGGACCGCCGACUGAGAGGGGCAGGGAGGGCAGGCCGAGGGAGGGGAGGGGCAGGUCGGAUUUGAGGGUUAUGUUGGUUGAGUUGUUGAAUUUCUUUGCGGGGACUUAUCGGGAUAAGUUUGGUAUUACGGAAGGCCCGCCGCUACAUGAUCCGUUGACGGUGGCGGCGAUACUCACGGGCACGGAAUAUGAGAUCCCGUUCUACGACUACGAUGCUAGGAAACCUGAGGGUGCUGAUCGGAAAGAGCGCUUUUCGGUUGAAGUCGUGACAGAGGGUACACUUGAGGAUGCUCAGGAACGCGGUACCCAGACGGGUCGCACUAUUGUCAAGCUGUUGCCCCCCGGAAGUGAGGGUGUUCGCAUACCCCGCGGCUUAGAUAUUCCGCUUUUCUGGAAGGUUAUCGAGGAGUGCUGUGAGAGUGCUGAUCAGGUUAACAAGAAGAUACUGUCUAAGCCCGCGAAUUGAUGGGCAAAUGAUUACGGCUUACGACUCAUGAGGAUGAGACCUCAAGAUAGGUAGAGAAAAGAAAGUGAGUACCUUGCUGAUAGAAUGAUGACGAGUAUAUGAAUUUGAAUAGACUUAUAUUACACUCGGACA